GGGUGGGGGGGUGAGAGCGAGCCUGUGGCCUUGUUUACAGGCCCGGAGAGGUGGGGGUGGGGAAGGCCGCCUGUCGAGCCGAUCUUAGCUGGACCGGGAGCCAGCGGCCGUCCCGCAGCAUAACACCGUUAACCAUCCCCGACCUCUUCCAACGAACUCUGCUCCAGGCAAAUGGCGACCUACGUCGGAGCGAGGCCCCGGGGCCCGAGGCCUAGGCCCCGGCCCCGGCCGCGGUAUCAUACGGGGGGCGGUUGGUACUCGGAAGAAGAGCGGCUCAGCAGCAACCUGCCGCCGCUUGGCGUCUUCCAGGCGAACGGGCGGCUGUGGCGGGCGCAGCGGUGCCUCGGUAAAGGGUCGUCGGCCGCCGUCUACCGCGUGACAUCGGGGGCGGCCCGGGCGGCCGUCAAACAGUUCGUGCACGACACCAAGUCGGACUACGGCUUUUUGACCGAGAGCGGGGUCUUGGAAGACCUGCAGGGCCACAGGAAUAUCGUGACUUUAUAUGGGAGAUUUUCCAACAUGUCCUACACAAACCAACGUUGUAACUGCAUUUUGCUGGAAUUGUUGGAUGUCAGUGUCUCAGAGCUGCUGCUACACUCCAUUAAUCGAGGCCAUUCAAUGUGGAUGAUCCAGCACUGUGCACGGGAUGUACUCAAUGCAUUAGCUUUUAUUCACCGAGAGGGUUACGUGCAUGCAGAUCUCAAACCAUGUAAUAUACUGUGGAGUGCGGAGGAUGAGUGCUUUAAACUCAUUGACUUUGGCCUCAGUUUCCAAGAAGGCAAUCAGGAUGUAAAAUAUAUUCAGACAGAUGGUUAUAGAUCUCCUGAAGCGGAGCUACAUAACAUGCUAGCACAGAUGGGCAUGGAAAGCAACACAGAAUGUACAACUGCAGUUGAUAUCUGGAGCCUUGGAAUAAUUUUGCUGGAGAUGUUCUCGGGAAUAAAACUGAAAGAGACUAUCAAAUCUCCACAGUGGAAGGCAAACAGUUCUGCCAUCAUCGAUUCCAUUUUUGCAAGUAAAGAUAUGGUAUACUCGGCUAUCCCAGUUUAUCACCUCAGAGAUGUUAUCAAAAGUAUGCUUCAUGAUGAUCCAGCACACAGAACUACAGCAGAACAUGCUUUAUACAACCCUUUCUUCAGCAUUCCCUUUGCACCUCAUAUUGAAGAUUUGGUUAUGCUUCCAACACCAGUGCUGAGACUACUCAAUGUUAUUGAUGAUAGCCAUCUUCAGUGUGAAGAAUAUGAAGAUGUUGUGGAAGAUGUGAGGGAAGAAUGCCAGAAGUUUGGACCAGUUAUGUCUCUGCUUGUCCCAAAGGACAAUCCUGGUAAAGGCCAGGUUUUUGUUGAAUUCAGACGUGCAGCUGACUGCAAAGUGGCCCAGCAGAUGCUGACCGGAAGAAUGUUCGAUGGCAAAUUUGUUGUGGCUACGUUCUACCCGCUUUGUGCCUACAAGAGGGGAUAUCUGUAUCAUACCGUAGUUGCUGACACCUAAGUUACAACAGGGCUCACCAUAUUUUGCAAUCACCCAGGUUCCUUUUGAAAUGUUCCUUAAUACAAUAGUGUAAAAGGUUAAAUAUUUUGCUCCGUUUCCUUUUGUGUGUAAGCGAGCAUCAAUUUAAGCAGCUAGUUUUAGAGAAAAGGUUUACAGAGUUAGGGAUUAAUGCACUUAAAUCUGUUGGCAAGUUAUUAACAAAUUCUAUUUUAUUACUAGAAAUUAUUGCAACCUGCAGUUGGUUCGUAAAAUGCUGAAAUAACAUCUUUGCUGGCAGAGCUAUCAAUUACAUUCUUGUUAAUGGGGAGCAUGCUGGUGAAAAUUAAGAUUACCGUAUUUGAACCUAAAAAAAAUCACAGAACAUUUUUGUAAAUAGUGGGAAAUAUAGAAGACAAAAGUAGGUUGAAUCUGAUAGUGAGGUCAUAAGGAUCACAUUGCAAGCAUUUAAGUGCUCUAGAUGCAGAAAAGAUGUAAUUUCUUAAAGGUUUUAAUGAACGUGUGUAAGUAUACUCAGAUGCACGCAUGCAAACACCCACAUACACCAGAAAAAUAGCUUUUUACUGUGAGCGAGGGGGAUGCAGAUUUGAGCACUUUCUCUUAAAAUUCUCAGUAAUGCUUUAUUUGGCCUUCAUAUUACAGCAGCUUGAAUGGUACGUGUGUGGUGCAGUGUAGAUGUAUUUAUAUUCAGGGAGAUAAAAGACGUUCCUUGUACCCAAAGUUUGUGAGAAGAUUUGUAGCGCGGGUGCUCGUUGUUGUGGUUCUGUUCGCCGAGCUGGGACAACACAAGUUCCUUGUACCAUUUCAGAACUUGAGAUAGUAUUACAUGGAUUUUCUUUUUGCCUCACCCUGCGACAGCUUUGGUACUGUUCAGUGGCUUCGUGAUGGACAAACUCACCAUAGCAGGCCCCAAACACUAACUAAAGAGCAACUUCUUCCACAUCUGAAUAUGCUCAGAUAUAUAGUCAGCAGUCCAUAUCAGCAGCAAAUUGUUUAGUAGUAUUACUAGGGACAUAAACAGCAUUUAAAUCUUGACUGCAAAGUACACUUGGCUUCCUUAGACAUCUUUUAUAUAUCUCAUAAUUUAGUAUAAAUAAAAUCUAGUAUUCCUAAAAUAGUAGAGACCAUAAUCAUUUUAUUGCCCUCAUAAAUCAUUCAAAUGAUCCAAAUAAAAUUCAGAUGUAAUUUCAGGGAAAUGAGAAAUAGCAUACGUACUCUAGUGAGUGCCAAGCAUACCAGAUUUUACUGUAAAGUCAAAAAUACCCAAAACCAAAAGAACUUCAAUAAAAGGAUUAGUCUAACAUAGUUGUGACUGCAUCUAUCUUGUUACCAUGACAAUAUUAAAAUACAUUGCAUUUUGUAUAAAUAUGUUUGGAGUUGGGAAUAUAUCCAAUCAAUAUUUCAAGGUUUUCCUUCAUUUGACCUAGAGAGACUGUUCAUAUAAAUUUUUAUUAUUAUUUGAGCCAGUAAUGAUGACAUACUAACCAUGUCUCCAGAUAUUGCAAUUUAAAAACAAAAUUGCAGUUGUGAUGUUUUCCAGUUCGAUGCACAUGGACCUUAAAUUACCAGAACAAAAGGUACAAUUUUUUUUAAAAUAGAAUUGAUAUGAUUGUUUGAUAAGUUAGCUAAUGACCAAAGACUUAUUGCUGUAAUGGAAAAACCUUACAAACAAAACCUAGAAUCAGUUUUUGAAGUACUCCAUAUGACUUAAAAAUACAUAAUGGGUAUGAUUCAAAUUGCACAACCUGAAAGUAUGUCGAAGGCAAACUCAAAUCAUGGCUUUCAUAAAUGAAUUGGAUAAGGAAAAAUAAAAGUCCUGGUUAUGAGGUAAGGACUGGGGGAAUUGGUCCAGCUGAAAUGUCAUCCACCUCUGCUUUAACCACUUCAGGGAUCUCUUCUAUAAUUCAAAAAAGGGUUUUGGUGGCAUAGUUAUAAAAUGCUUAAGCACUAUUCAGAGAUGUAGUCUGAGCUUACUUCUCAGGCAUGUUGAAGGCUAAAUUAAAAACCUUAGGUUUUAAAGUCGUUGGUGUGCAUACACCAAUUUCUGUCACUUAGUUAUCUCUCUAACUUCAAGGCUGCAAAUAAGUGAAUUGAUUUAUCUAGAAUGUGUGCACUUCAACUCAAAUUUGAAGUCAAAACUGCCUGAACUUUAAAUUUAACCAAAUUACAUUUACUAGAAGUAAAUUUCAGUGUGUACUCCAAGCCUUUUAGUAUUGUACGUAAGUCUGUUUAUAUUUUAAAACCAGAGCAGCAAUCUUAAUAACAAAAAAGUACCAAAGAAAACAUAUGGGGAACAUAAACACCCAACGUUUCGGAACAUAUUAAUGAUUCCAUGUUUCCUGUGCCAAAUUUGUACUUCGAUGGUUUUGCCAUUACUCUUCUUACUUAUUCAAAAUGGGUAAGGCCUCCCGCUUCCAACACCCAUCAUUUUAAUAGAUCUUUGAGUAGCUUUAGCGAUUUUAAUUCAAAGGAAUAUUGUGAACAGAACAUAAAUUGUCUAUCUUAUAGAUAUGAGGUAUUAGUUUCUAACUUAUCUUGCCAGAUCACUGAUAGCAAAAAAAAAGUGUUUUUAAUAAAGAUUAAACAGCUAAACGUAAAACUUUGCUGUUUUCCUUGGUUGGAAUUCAGAAACUACAGGAUGAAAUAUUCUGGAAUCAUUGAGGUGUUUUUUAAAAAAAAAUUAGUUAAUGAAGUUUCUUCCCAUUUCCCACAUAUACUUCAUUGCAGGAAGUGUACUUUGCAGUUUUUUUUGGAAUGCCAAUACAUGGAUGAGUUGCUUGUCCUUUGCCACACCUUAAUGUAGGUUUAGAGUUGUCGCUUGCUUGUCUAGUUUUGAAUAGGUCUACUUAUUCCUCUGGAGUGUGAAUUCAUGUUAUAUAUCAUGCUAAAUGGUUAGCCAUGCCUCUGUCUCUGAUAACUGUCAAGCACUUUACUUGGUCCAGUUUAUUCAACUCUAGAUCAGACAAUCCAAAUGCCUUGAGGUUCAGACUAGAUUCAGAGUAGCAGGCAAGAAGAAUAGUGACUUUUCCAUAUAAAUUUUCAACAUGUGAAGUUAUUGAUGGUAAAACUGCAGUUAAACUUCACCUUUUUCCAGUAAGUGGUGUGUUGAUUGUGGCCAAUAGGACUCAUAUGCCACAUCUUCUGAUUGACUAAAUUAACAAACAUUCUUGCUUGUGGUCUUGAGAUCGGACAGACUAUGACAGUCUUUUAUUAAUCUGACUGGCUGCCAAAUUAGUCCAACUAAUAUCUCCACCUUGGUUGUAAAUAUAAUUAAUUAGAAAAUGGAUGUGUAACAUUAAAUUUUGUAAAAGUAUUUUCAUUAUUUUAUAAGCAGUAUUUCUGCACUUCCAUUCAGUUUUGUUUUCACUUUCCUUUUAUGUGGAUCAGACUUAAAAAUCUGAUUUGCAGAUCUGGUCUAAACUCCCUUGUGGUUAUUUAAGUUAGUUCUGUCAUACCAACAUUUUAAACAUCUAUAGCUGUGAAAUAUGGUAAAUGUCACUUAAGUUCACCCGAAGCAAUCCAAAAUUUCCAGCUUUGUAACCAGACUUGUGGCUUACAUAAUCACUUUGCAUUCAUGUAUGUUGGCCCCAUGUGCUAGACCAUAUUUAAGAAGUCAACCACAAAAAUUUGGAUAGCCACUAACUUCUGUACAAUGCUGGUAAUACACAGUUGACAGAAUACAAAUAAAUGCCAUCUUUUCCUGAAGUUAUCAACCAGGUUUUGAAUGUUUUCAGCACUUUCUGAAACAAUGUAAAAGUAAACCCAUGCAUAGUGACAUUUUAACUAAGAACUUAAUGUUCUGAUUAGGAAUGGUGCAAAACUGAAAUCAUAACAUAUUCCUGUGAACCUCUCAUGGCUCCAAACCUAAUGUCAAGGUCAGCAAUUGUAAAAAGUAUUCAUUCACCACUGCGUACAGAUUGCAAAUUUAAGGCUGACAGAAUUAAAAAGAUUAUCUAUUUCUGAGAUUCAGAAAAGCACCAUCUCCUCCUUUUGAACUGGGAGUGCUUCAGCCAUAUCUAAACAAAGUGAUAUUAUGUUGUUCUGAUUAUAAGUGAAGGAGCUGUAGUGGAUAUAGAUCUGGCUCCUUUUAGCACUGCCUAUUUUGCUGCUUGCACUUUAGAGCUUUGGUCAUUUUUAGAACUGCCUCAUAGUGUAAACCUUUCUGCAGAGUUUUUUUGUGUGGAUCAAAAUAGUAUCAACUGUAUUUGAUUUGAAAAACAUUUUUCGGUAUUCGUAUAUUUUUACUCAUCAAUGGAGGUGAAGCUUGAUAUAAAUACCAUGCAAUAACAUCCCAAUUUGACUAUCUAGGUGCAUCAGCUUUCUUCCUUUUGAGCUAAGGAUUAUUAGCAUUCCUGCUCACCCUUCUUUUAAUGUUUCAGAGGAAAGGAUUGGUUUCUCAGUAAAUACCUCUUGCAGUUACACCUGUUUCAUGAGGUUGAUAACAUUUACUCAGUCAUGGCUUGCAAUAACAAUUAACCUGCCUGGUGAGGUAGCUUUCUUCACUUUUCAGGAAUAGACCCUCCUCACAGUAAAACUUGCCAUUUAAGCAUGCAGUGAUCACAAUUUCUUUCCUGCCAAAAUCUUGAGAUAGUCACUUUGUAGCCACAACCUGUUUAGGUGGGCAAAACAGAGUUUGAGAUGUGGCAAAGUGCUGGUUAUGCAGAUAGAAACAAUUAUUUGUGUAUGGUCAUCAGAGUGAUACAUUGCAAUUUGUUAUGCAAACUUAAUUUAGGGAAUAUAGUGGGAUUAGUAUAUGCAAUUUUUAUAAAAGCAAGUGUGGAUUAUUUGUGAAAUUUUCUGCAUGUUUUUAAGAAUGCAAGGCUUGUAUCUCCAAACUAAGGAAAUUUGCCUCGUCUUCAGUGUAUUUAUUUACUGAAGCUAGAGAUUGACGUGGUACUGUGCACUGAUGCAUGUUUUUCCAGUUUUGGUUCGUGUGCUGUCCUAUGCAAAAGACUUGAGCCAAAAGAGAGAAAUAUGCUACCUUAAAUAUUUGCCACAUUCCUCAAUCAGUUGCAUUGGGAGUGUAAAAAAUCGUUUCCAUGGAAGUGGUGUUGAAACAAGACUUCCCAUUCUUUAAACAAAUGCUAGAGGAAAGGGAAGAAAUGAGAUAUUUGCACAGUGUGAAUGUGUGAACAAAGUGUGUGUAGGACUAUUUCAAAAAAGAACACAAUGCUAUUUUGUUUGCUAUUGACUUUGCUUACAUGCCUGUCACUGUAAACCUGAAGACAAGGGUAACAGAACAGUACACUUAUGAUUUCAGUUUAAACCAAUCUCCACAAAAUCUUGUGAUUAGAAGGGAUUAAAAGCAGCCGGGCAUUGAAAUUCUGUAGUUCAAUCUUUCUCCUACAGAAAUAAUUCCAAUAACAAUUUAAAAACUAUUACUGGGUUAUCAAAAUAUUUUUCAAUGUGUGUGGCCUGCAAUGUGUCUAUGCAUGAAAUAUACAAUUCUCACCAAAACUCUUGUGACUAACAAAUCAUCUAUUCUUGUGUACUGUUUACAGCAAGUUUGUCUGAGGUGCUGCGCUUAUUGCACAAGCGAAUGUUUCCAGUUAAAGUUUAAACAAUCCUAUCAACAAUCAGACAAGGCUUACAUUUCAGACCAUGGUAUUCAGAAACUGUUAGUACCAGCUUAUAAGGCUCUAACCUUUAAUAUUUGAUGUUUUUGUGCAACAUCUGUAUGUCCCUGGGUGUUGAUACAGAGGUUGUGGAAUGAGUUUAUUUGUAAAGUGGAAAAAUAACUGGUAGUUUAUGGAGCCAGUCAAAUUCUUGUAUUAAUGCAUUCUAUAAUCAAGAUGAUUGUAAACUUCCAUAUACUGAUCAGUGAAAUGUAAUUCCUCGAUAUAAUGUAUUUUAAUUGGGAGUUAAUUUGUCUUAGAGAUUUGGAUUAAAUUCUCACAAAAAGGAAGCAUGUUAUGUUUUGCUGAUAUGUGUCUGGAUUUAUGUUAUCCUGUAACACCAAAGAGUAAAAGUGCCCCUAGCUUUUAUAUCAGAAGCCACAUGGUCAAACUGGUGCCAAGGCAGCUUCUGUAGAAGCCGUAGCAGGCUCCAUUUGUUUGAAAUCUGAUUGUAUGUCAGAGGUCCAGGAAGUUUGAUGAUUGCACAAAUAAUUGUUUCUCAUUCCAAAAUGACCAGUGCAGCAGUUGUUAUAAACUGGCCUCACGCUUUGAAAUACUUUACUUGACCCAACUAUUUCUGCUGCUGCGUUAGAUUUUAAUCAGUCAUUUUUGUUCUCAGGAAACUAUUGGAAAUGUAGGCAAGGUGUUUGUAUUAUUCUUCCGUUUUCCAAGAUGAUGUAUUGGAUUUAUGUAAUUAAACAAACAGACACUUUUUAAAAGCAAGUUAUUGAAUGCAUUGCCAGGCACACUCACUGCUUAUCUGGUACCUUUGUGAAAUUUGUGUUAUCAAAAUAGAAUGCUCAACUGUAGUUAAGUCCAUCCAUUAUCACUGGAUAUUCAAUAAAUUGGUUUUUCCUAAUAUAGCGCAGCUAUAUAUUACAUAAUUGUAUUGAAGUUCCUGUUUUAAAAAGUUUAUAAAAAUGUAACAUUGUCCUGUGGCUGAAUCAGACUAAGCUGAUGGAUAUAGAGCCAUUUAUGUAUGCUGGUGUCAUUAUAAAAUACUGCUGAGUGGUGAUUGUGACAAUUCUUUUUCUAAUACUUUGAAUAACUACUGUGAAUAUUUGUAAACUAUCUGCAAGUGGUCAAGCUGCAAUUUAUGUAAACUUUGGCAAACAACACAAUUAUUAAGAUUUCAGCAUUCAUCCUGGGCAUUUCAUUGGGAUUGUUAAAAGUUACUGCACUGAACAACUAAGUACUAUAUAGAUGCAUGUUUCUUGCACUUUUGUGCCAAGUUAUGAGGCCAAAACCUAUUGCAGAUCUUUCCUGCAUUUAAGGAAUGUGGAGAAUGUUUAGAAGGGGAGAGCACAAAAUACCAAUGUGAAAACAAAGGGGAAAGAGCAGUGAAUACUGAACAAUAUUGUUGAGGUGUUGUUAACCAUAAAAUUGCAGUUAUUUUCCAAGCAGUUUUAUUGCGAGUUCUAGUUUUGUUUGCAUGUUUGUUUAUUGGUACAACUAAUUGUCUUCCACAGAAACUGUAAUAGUACCUGAUUAGCUUGGAAAGUGUUGCUCAAGUCCAAUGUCUAUCUUGUUUUAAAAAAUAUUGCUGUAGAGUGAGAUUUUCCAGACUAAAAAUACGAAACAAAGGAGGACCAGUCCAAAUUUGUCUUAUUGCUUUUGCAAUUAGGGCUAUUUUGUUACUACUAAUUACGGGGAUGGGAUAACCUCUGAUUAGUUCUGCACCAGUUGCCACUUUUCAGUAAUGCAAAAUCGAUACUGAAACUGGACUUCAGAGGGAAUGGUGUAGCACUCUUACUUUUCAGCAGGCUUACAAUUUGGGUUUGACUUGAUUUGUAUUACGAUUUCUUAACCUUGAGCAAGGAGGUUUAAGUCACAUCGUAAGUAGACGAGCACUUGAUCGUUUUGAGUACAAAAAUGCUCAGUUAUUUUAUUGCUAAGUGUGAAUUGAACAAGGAAAUGUAAACAUAGUGCUGUUUUUAGAUUGACAAUGUCACUAUCUUAAAACCUACUAGAAAGAUGCAUUCAAAAGGAAGAAAAAGGUUACCUUAUGACUAGUGAUUCUGGUCAACUUCAGAACUAUUAGUUCUCAACAUGGAUUUAAUUUUAUCUCCAACAACUUGUCUCUCAACACAACUUAUUAAUGUGCAUAAAUUUCUGCUGGUUUAGCUUAGUCAUUCCUCUUUUUAAAAUCAAGUGCUGAAAAUGUUUUAGAAAUUUUACAAGUGUUGCAGCAAAUAAGGAAAUGAAACUCAUCCAUUUUAAAUAUACCUUUUAUUGUAUGGUGAAAACGUUAAAAUGUAGACAAUAGAAGAUGCAGUACUGCUAGACCAUUUCUACAACCCAACAUGCAUACAGUAAAAGAGUUCCCGUCCAAAUCCAGAAUACUGUAAAGCAGCUUUAAUGCGCUGGGGACUAAACAGUACUGCAUCUUAUAUUAUGCAAGGAUUUAGACGUGUGAAACACUUUUGUCAUCUUGGUCAUUCUGCUUGGUGUAUCUUGAAAGGCAUGCUACGAUGUCUUGUAGCAUUUAUCUCCUUUUGGUAAAAUACUGCCUUAUGCUUUAGUGACAAUAAACAAGACUACUUGAACAAA